AUGGCAACAAGUACCCCUAUCACAACAACAGAGUCCAUGACAACAAGUACCCCUAUCACAACAACAGAGGCCAUGGCAACAAAGGCCAUGGCAACAAGUAAUCCAAUCACAACAGAGUCCAUGUCAACAAGUACUCCUAUCACAACAUCUGAGGCCAUGGCAACAAAGGCCAUGGCAACAAGUACCAUCACAACAAAGAGGCCAUGGAACAAGUACCCCUAUACAACCAACAGAGGCCAUGGCAACAAAGGCCAUGGCAACAAGUACCCAAAAAACCCAAGGCCAGGCAAAAAUUACCCCCUAUCACAAAAACAGAGGCCAGGGGAAAAAAAGAAAACCCCAAAUCAAACACAGGCUAGGCCCAAAAAGUACCCCACAAAACAACAGGGGCCAUGCAACAAGUACUCCUAUCACAAAAACAGGGGCCGGGGGCAAAAAGUACCCAAAUCACAACAGGGGGCCAUGGCAAAAAGUACUCCUAUCAAAACAGAGGCCAUGUUAACAAGACCCUAUCCAACAGGCCAUGGCAACAGUACCCCUUUUCCAAACAGAGGCCAUGCAAAAAGUACCCCCUAUCACAACAAAGAGGCCUGGCAACAUACCCCCUAUCACACAAAAAGGGCCAUGGCAAAAAUACUCCUAUCAAAACAGGGGCCCAGGGCCACAAUACUCCUAAAAACAAGGGGGCCGGGCAAAAGUCCCCUUCACAAAAGGGGCCCCUUCCCAACCAAGUACCCCAAACCCAACAACAAAAGGCCCAGGGCAAAAAUACCCAAAUCAAAACAGGGCCAUGGCCAACAAUACUCCUAUCACAACAGAGGCCUUGGCAACAUACCCAAAAUCAAAAACAGAGGCCAGGGCAACAAGUACCCCUAUCCCAAAAAAAGAGGCCAUGGAAACAAGUCCCCCCAAAUUUAA